GUGGGCUACGCAACGCACCCCCCUGCGGACUGCACCUGCCCGGGACUGACUAAUUAAAGGUGCCUAAGUCUAUCAAAUAAAGGCCCAAAACACACAAAAGGAAGCAAAAUGGGAGAAAAAGGCAAUAAAUAAGUAGAGAUGCUCAUUUGACAGAAGUUUGUUUACAAGGGAAGGGAGAGAGAGAGAGGGAGAGAGUCGUCUGCAGCCCUCCGUGGUGUCUCCCUGCCCAGCACGCCCACGCCCGCCCACGCCCAUGGCCACGCACACACAAAAGCCCUGCCAUCAAUGACAUCAGUCAAGGUGUGCCCCUCCUCCCCCUCCCCCUCCUCCUGCCCUGCCGGGAGCCCCCUGAGCCCCGAGGCGCUGUCCCCCCCGGCGGCGGCUGCGGCGGCCAUGAAAGUGGAGGAGGAAGCUGCUGAGGACAGGUUCCUGCAGGAGUGCCUGGCCAUGGACCAGCUGGGCUCCGAGGACACCCUUGCCCCGGCACUGAAGAAGGACUCAGACGUGGAGGAGGAUGAGGACGAGGAGGAGGAGGAGGAGGAAGAGGAAGGGAGUGAGGACAAGGACAGCAAUGACGAGAACCUGGGCCAAGGGGCGAACCGGGGCCAGCGGGGCAGCGGCGGGGGCGGAAAGCGGCCCCGGAAGAAGUACCAGAAGAUCCAACGCCUGACACGCAUCUACACCUGUGUGGACUGUCCCGAGACCUUCUCCCGCCUCAGCCAGCUGCGCGCACACUCCAGGGUGCACGCCCAGGACCAGGCAGAGAGGUACGAGUGUGACCUGUGUGAGGAGGUGUUUGACCGCGUGAAGCGCCUGGUGUCCCACCGCAAGAAGCACCACCGGGCCAGCCUGUCCUGCAAGAUGUGCUCCAGCAAGUUCACGCACUACGCCUCCUACAGGAUCCACAUGCGCGUCCACAAGGGUGAGAAGCCGUACGUGUGCCAGGAGUGCGGCGCGGCCUUCGUGCAGAGCGGCCACCUCAACAUACACAAGCGCACCCACACCGGGGAGAAGCCGUACACCUGUGACAUCUGCAACAGCCACUUCAAGCAGAUCUCCCACCUCAAGACACAUGUCCGCACCCACACCCGCGUCAAGCCCUACCAGUGUGACCAGUGCGAGGCGUCCUUCACGCAGAACAGCAGCCUCAAGCGGCACCGGCGCUCCCACACCGGGGAGAAGCCGUACAAGUGUGCCUUCUGCGACAUGACCUUCGUGGUGAAGAGCAACAUGCAGCGCCACCUCUACACCCACACCGGGGAGAAGCCGUACCAGUGUGACCUCUGCCCCGCCUCCUUCGGCCAGGCCAUCGACCUCAAGCGCCACAAGAUCAGCCACACCGGCAUCAAGCCGUUCCGCUGCGACCGCUGCGACGCCGCCUUCAGCCGCAAGAACAACCUCAAGUGGCACCAGAUGACCCACGCGGGGCACACGCCCUUCCGCUGCGAGGUGUGCCAGGUGGGAUUCUCCUCCCCCGGCGACCUCAAGGUGCACAAGCGCGCCCACGCCCCGCCCAAGCCCUUCCGCUGCGACGCCUGCCCCGCCUCCUUCCAGCAGGUGGGCUCCCUGGCGCGCCACAAGAUGAUCCACACGGGGGAGCGCCCACUGCGCCGCCGCCCUGAGCACCGCCCCGGCUCAUUCAAGGACACCGGGGUCAAGCCCCACACCUGCCAGGUGUGCGGCGCAGCAUUCUGCGAGAAGAGGAACCUCAAGCGCCACGUCAUAUCCCUGCACCAGGACCUGCGGCUGGCCGGGGCCGGGGCGGGGGCUGGCCGGGCCAAGGAGGAGAGUGGGGCGGGGGAGGGGGGCGUGGAGGGGCUGGUCAAGGUACAGGUGCAACAGGAGCAGCAGCAGCAGCCACAGCAGCACCAGGCCAUACCACCCCCAGUCCUGCAGGCCAAGCGGCGCGUGGUGCAGGAGCAGGUGAGCUACACGCUGGCCCCGGCCCCGCCCCCAGCCCCUCAGGUGCCCCUGCUGCUGGCCCCGGCCCAGGAGGUGGUGCAGCAGCAGCAGGAGGAGGCCAUUGCCGCCCCGCCAGAGGAGGUGUCUGGGCAGGGCCUGACGCUGCAGCAGGUGGUGCUGCAGCCCUCCAUCACCACGGAGGAGGUGCUGGCCGCUGCCGCCGCUGCAGCCGCCGGCCCUGCACCCCAGGCGGUGGCCACACAGAUGCCCCAGCUGGUUCUGGCGCAGGGCCCCGGCCAGCCGCCCCGGCCUGCCCGGCCUGCCACCAGCUGCCAGAACCACCACGCCCACGUGCUGACCUUCAUGGAGGGCGGCGCCAACCAAUGGCAGACCUGGUGCUUCUGUGACCCCCCCACCACCCCAGGGGAGGCUGGCCCCCCCACCCCCGCCACCAUCACCACCAUCCCUGCCCCCGGCGGCACCAUCAUCGCCACCGCAGCCCCGGCCCAGGCCCCCUCCCCCCCGGCCCAGGCGGUGACCCUGGCAGCGCCCUGCACGGCCCUGGACGGCCUGGACGCACAGAUCAUACCAGCACAAAUUCAGGUACAAAUACCCGUCAGCGGCGGCGGCGGCGGGGAGGUGGUGCGUGGGUGGCUGGGCGGCUGGGCCAAGUGUUAACGCCCGCCCUGCCCUGCCCCACCCCACCCUUGCCCGAGGAACACCACAGCUUAGGUUCACUCGCGUCCUUCCAGUUUUAUCUUUGUUCCAAGUUUCAGACAUUUGCCCAGAGGGUCAUACCAAGGGGCACUGUGUGUGUGUGUGUGUGUGUGUGUGUGUGUGUGUGUGUGUUCUGCGUGUGCCAAGAGUACCCUAACCUAAGCUAAGUGUUGUCUGUUAGAUCUGUUAUGAGUCAAUUUGUUGCUUUUAUAGUUGGUGGAUAUUUUAUAGAGUUCAAUAUUUUAUAAUUUUCAAAUGAUUUACGUACAGAGUCGCGUAGAGUGUUAUAAUUACGUAGCGUGCUGUAUCGUGCGUAGGUUAGAGAGAGAGAGAGAGAUUCUUCCUAAGCCAACAUUCCUGACAAAAUAGAAAUCUAUGCCCAUAUUCCUAAACGUAUUAUCGCCUCAGUUCGUCUGUUUGCAUCUUGAACAGGGAAGAACACCCAUGAACAAACACCCAGCUAAUCUUCCCUGUGGCCUUGGGAAAUACUGUCAUCCCUUAAAUAGUAUGGUUUCCAAUAGUUCAGUUUCAGUUUUAUACAGAUUGUCAUAGAAGACCUUUUAGGAUUUUUAAAGUUCCUGCUCAUUGGGAUAUUUAAAAAUCCUUAAAAAUCUUCUUAGAAAAUCCACAUAAAACCAAAACCGAACUAUUGGAAACCGUACUAUUUGACGGACGACUGUAGUCAUAAUGGGAGACUGAGAUGUUCAAGAAGACACUUACGGAGAUACAGAAUGAUACUGGUGAUAGUUUUACACGGCUUCUGCAUCUUGAAAGGGAAAAUCACCCAUGAAAACCUGGCUAAUUUUCCCUGUGGCCUUGGGAAAUAGUCGUAAUGAUGUCUGUUUGAAGAGCCUCUCAUAGAAGUUGCUGGGAUUUUCAUGGACUGUCUUGUGACCCUGGUGAUAGUUUUACAUGACUUCUUCAUCUCAAAAGGGAAAAUCACCCAUGAAAACCUGGCUACUCAUCCCUGUGGCCUUGGGAAAUACGCCCCAGUAGACACAUACAGAGAUACAGAGAUACACAUUGAUACUGGUGAUAGUUUUACACAAUUUCAUCAUCUCGAAAGGAAAAAACAGCCAUGAAAACCCAACUAAUCAUCCCUGUGGCCUUGGGAAAUAUGCCCCAGUAGACACAUACAGCUAUACAGAGAUACACAUUGAUACUGGUGAUAGUUUUACACAACUUCAUCAUCUCGAAAGGAAAAAAACAGCCAUGAAAACCCAGCUAAUCUUCCCUGUGGCCUUGGGAAAUAUGCCCCAGUAGACACAUACAGCUAUACAGAGAUACACAUUGAUACUGGUGAUAGUUUUACAUGACUUCUUCAUCUCAAAAGGGAAAAUCACCCAUGAAAACCUGGCUACUCAUCCCUGUGGCCUUGGGAAAUACGCCCCAGUAGACACAUACAGAGAUACACAUUGAUAAUGGUGAUAGUUUUACACAAUUUCACCAUCUCGAAAGGAAAAACCAGCCAUGAAAACCCAACUAAUCAUCCCUGUGGCCUUGGGAAAUAUGCCCCAGUAGACACAUACAGCUAUACAGAGAUACACAUUGAUACUGGUGAUAGUUUUACACAAUUUCAUCAUCUCAAAAGGAAAAAAACAGCCAUGAAAACCCAACUAAUCUUCCCUGUGGCCUUGGGAAACAGUCAUGGAGGGAGGCGGAUACGUUUAACAAUUUGGACAUUAUCUAUUUCACAUUCCGAUGAGAUUUGCGACAGCAGCAGCACUGAGAGAGGGGGGGGGAGCGAGCGAGACCAGCACCUGAGCUCACUACACCCGAGACUAGGCUCGUUGAGGUGUGUGGAGGUGGGAGGAAGGAGGAAGACCCAUAACACUAUACUAACACUGUAUCAUCACUGUGUUUUCACUAUUUUAUUGUAAUUUUCUAAACUCCAUUAAUAUACUAGGAAGAAAUCACCAUAUUAUCACUAUAUAUCUCAUUACUAUAUUAUUACUAUAUGGAAAAUCUCACUAUAUUAUCACCAUAUUAUCACUAUGUUAUGAAAAACUUAUUAAAAUCUGUCACUAUAUAAUGGAAAAUCACUAUAUUGUUACUAUUAUUACUAUAUUAUCACUAUUAUGAAAAACUUACUAAAUCCAUCACUAUAUUAUUGCUAUGUUAUGGGAAAUUGCAUAACUCCAUCACUAUAUCAUUGCUAUGUUAUGGGAAAUUGCAUAACUCCAUCACUAUAUCAUUGCUAUGUUAUGGGAAAUUGCAUAACUCCAUCACUAUAUCAUUGCUAUGUUAUGGGAAAUUGCAUAACUCCAUCACUAUAUCAUUGCUAUGUUAUGGGAAAUUGCAUAACUCCAUCACUAUAUCAUUGCUAUGUUAUGGGAAAUUGCAUAACUCCAUCACUAUAUCAUUGCUAUGUUAUGGGAAAUUGCAUAACUCCAUCACUAUAUCAUUGCUA